AACUGGUGGCCACCAAUUGUGGUGACUCCAUCGUCAAGCGAGCUUAAAACAGAAAAUAGCUGACUUGGAUGCAGUAGACCUUGAUAGCCUCUGAAAUUCUCUACAUUACGAAGAUUUAUGUGAAUCUGUGGACAGCCUGCUAUCUAUUCUAAAUAAGUAUUGGAAAUUAACUUGUUAAAAUGGAAUGAAAUUAAGUGUUUAAAGACUGCACCUGUCAAGAAUUUGGUGAUAACCCUCUUCCUUCAGACGUCAACUAGGAUAUGUCUGCAACGCAGUUGGAAGCCUUUGAGCAAACCCGAACAUUUGUAUUCCAAACCAAGGCACUUUGUAUAGAGUACAUCUAUUCACGACUCGCUCGAGAGGGGUUGAUCUUUCCAGUUGUGGAAUAUGAACAUCUAAAGUCAAGUGGAACACCUGAAGAUGUUUUCGCAGUGCUCCUGAAAUUAGGUGAUGAAUUGGAAAGCAUGGGUCCAUUUAUUUAUCGUGAUGUGGCAAAGCAACUGAACAUUUUGGUUGAUGUGGAAAGCAUGGUGUCAGAUGCAUUUUUUACUGUUGCAAUGGAGAUAUCGUCCUCUGGAAUGACAUGGGGGAAAGUAGUGGCUGUUUAUGCAUUGGCAGGUGCUUUGGCUGUGGACUGUGUGCGGCAAGGCCACACAGAUAUGAUUUACACUAUAGUGGAUAGCAUGGGAGUGUUUGCUUACAAGGGCCUUGCCCCGUGGUUGAUCCAGCAAGGUGGAUGGGUGGAAAUUACUAAUUGUAUAGUAAAACCUUCCCCAGACCUCCAGUCUUAUUGGUUGAACAAUAUUAUAAUUUUCUGGAGAAACCUUUGGCAGAUAUUCUUCAUUAAACUGACGAAGACAUGGUGAGAAUGAACUGAACUGGAAUCUCAACUUCAGAAAAUUCAUCCUGACAAUUUCCACUGAACAUUAAUUAUGACCGCCACUAGCGGUCAUAUAGGGAUUGUCCAAAGUUU